AUGUAUCCUCUGACACUCCUGAGAAUAUCAAGAAAUAAAAUAGUGGAGCUGGAGCUCAAGAACAACGACCAGCUAAGAGGGCUGCUUUACAAAUGUGACAUGGCCAUGAACCUUCAUCUUAAGAGCGCUACCAUCCAGAAGGAAGACGGAACCUCGGUUUUCAUCAAUGAGUGCUACUUAAAAGGCACGUCAAUCAAGCUUGUAAAGCUGGAGUCAAAAAUCCUUUUGGAACAGAAAGAAGAGGAUGUAUCUAAUAAAGCAUGA